ACAUGAGCUCUUCUCACUUAAAUAGCAGGGCUGAGAGCCACUUUCCAGCCUCCGAGGAGCAUGAACUGGAAGCAGUGGGGAAGAAAGCUUGGGAUAAUCCUGUUUACAAUGGCUCUCCCUCAACCUCCUUGAAGAUCCGAGCCAUUUACAACCCCAAGUCCAUUCUGGAGAAUCCCUAUGAGAACUUUGAUGAGAUGGGAGACCCACUGCCCUGCCAGGAGCAGCAGAACAAGGCUGUGGAUGGGAAGACAAGUCCUUUCCCCAAAUGCUGCUUCUACAUCUUCAGAGGCAUCCGAGGUCUGUGGGGUACUACACUGACCGAAAACACAGCUGAAAACCGAGAGCUCUAUGUAAAGACGACUCUGCGCGAGCUGCUGGUCUACAUUGUGUUCUUGGUGGAUAUCUGUCUAUUGACAUAUGGAAUGACAAGUUCCAAUGCCUAUUACUACACAAAAGUGAUGUCCGAGCUCUUCUUGCAGACCUCUUCAGACAGCAGCAUUUCCUUCCAGUCCAUCAGCAGCAUGGCUGAUUUUUGGGUGUAUACACAAGGCCCCCUUCUGAAUAAUCUUUACUGGACCAAGUGGUACAACAACGAGUCCCUAGCAGCUCACAGCACCCAGUCAUACAUCUAUUAUGAGAACCUGCUGCUGGGCGUCCCGCGUGUGCGGCAGCUGAAGGUAAAGAACAAUUCUUGUGUGGUCCAUGAUGACUUCAAGGAGGAAAUCUCAGGCUGCUAUGAUGUAUACUCAGAAGAAAAGGAGGAAAGAGUCUCUUUUGGACUUAUCAAUGGAACAGCGUGGAGGUACCAUUCUGAGGAGGAGUUGGGUGGCUCAUCUCACUGGGGAAGACUAACCAGCUAUAGUGGGGGAGGAUACUACAUAGACCUCAAGUUGACCAGAGAAGAGAGUGCUGAAGCCCUGAAGGUCUUGAAAGAGAAGUUGUGGCUGGAUCGGGGGACACGUGUUGUCUUCAUUGAUUUCUCAGUGUAUAAUGCAAAUAUCAAUCUCUUCUGUGUUCUCAGGUUAGUGGUUGAGUUUCCAGCCACUGGUGGUGCCAUUCCCUCCUGGCAAAUCCGGACAGUCAAGCUUAUUCGAUAUGUCAGCACAUGGGACUUCUUCAUUGUUGCCUGUGAAAUUGUCUUCUGUGUCUUCAUCUUCUACUAUGUGGUAGAGGAGAUCCUGGAACUGCGGAUCCAUAAACUUCAGUAUUUCAGCAGCAUCUGGAACAUCCUGGAUGUGGUUGUCAUUCUGCUCUCCAUUGUUGCUAUUGGGUUUCACAUCUUUCGCACCAUCGAGGUGAACAGACUGAUGGGAGAGCUGCUGAAACACCCGGACACCUAUGCAGACUUCGAGUUCCUGGCAUUCUGGCAGACACAGUACAACAAUAUGAAUGCAGUCAACUUAUUUUUUGCCUGGAUCAAGAUAUUCAAGUAUAUUAGCUUUAAUAAAACAAUGACCCAACUGUCCUCCACACUGGCACGCUGUGCUAAGGACAUCCUGGGCUUUGCCAUUAUGUUCUUCAUUGUCUUCUUUGCCUAUGCCCAGCUGGGUUACCUUCUUUUUGGAACACAAGUGGAAAACUUCAGUACCUUUGUCAAAUGCAUCUUCACCCAAUUUCGGAUCAUUCUUGGUGACUUUGACUACAAUUCCAUUGACAAUGCCAACAGGGUCCUUGGGCCUAUUUAUUUCGUCACUUAUGUGUUUUUUGUUUUCUUUGUGCUCCUGAAUAUGUUUUUGGCCAUCAUCAAUGACACCUACUCAGAAGUCAAAGAGGAGCUCUCAAGCCAGAAGGAUGAGCUACAGCUCUCAGACAUCUUGAAGCAGAGUUACAACCGGACACUGAUGAGGCUGAAACUGAAGAAGGAAAGAAUUUCUGAUGUACAGAAAGCACUGCAGAAUGGAACAAAAGAACUGGACUUUGAGGACUUCAAGAACAACUUGAAGAAACUAGGCCAUACAGACAAAGAGAUCACAGCAACCUUCUCCAGGUUUGACAAAGAUGGCAACCAGAUUCUUGAUGAAGAGGAGCAGCAGCAGAUGAAGCAUGACUUGGAGGAAAAAAGGGUUGCUUUGAAUACGGAGAUUGAAAACCUGGGGAAAUCCUAUGAUGGCAACAACUUGGAUGAGAAUCUGGCCUACCUGGAAGCAAAGACUAACCAUGCCAAUAAGGCCAGCUGGGUCUCCAAAGAAGAGUUGCAAGUACUCCUGCAACGUGUGCUGCAACUGGAACAGUCCAUCAACAGCAUCAGCUCCAAGAUCGAUGCGGUGGUGAGAAAACUAGAGGUGCUGGAGAUAAACAAGCUAAAGUGGAAGGACUUGAUAGGCAAAUCUUUGGAUAACGCUAGUAAGGAGGAAGAAUCCAGUCAGGAAGAACUGGUCCACCAGAACCCACAUGAGCUAGGAAAAGGAGAACCAGAAGGCUGGGGAACGGAGUGUUUACGAAGAAACAGCUUGAGUGGCAGCUCUGCACAAAAUGGGAUCUGUCCCAGCUUGUCCAGGUCAAAUUUACCAGGGUCUUGGGUGCCCAAGAACACCUGGCCUCAGUCUGUGCACUUCUAGCAAACAGCCCAGUACUUCCAUUCCGGCUCCCAAGGUACUAAGUCAAUGUCUGUGGUUUCCCUGCAAUU